AUGUAUUCUUCAUCUUUUCUACUUGCUGUCCUGCCCCAUAUAGUCUCGGGAUUGCCCGGAGAAAGACACGGCCUUGUGAAACGUGACAACACUCUUAUCCCGACUUCAUGCUUUGAGUCAACCUCAUCACUCACGGAAUACUUCAACUACAACUACCCCUGGGGUGAUACUCAUAAUGGAGCCGCCAUCAUGAAAGAGUCCAAUUCGGUUAUCGCCGAUGCCGGUAUCCUAACUCUGAACGCGACAUACACAGGGGCAUCUGACUACGCGUAUGACUCUGGUACUGUGUACGCGAAACAACAAUUCACUGUCGAGGCCGGAGGUGGAUUGGAUUUCUCGGCUCAAUUCAUCGCGCCAGUUGAAACAGGUACUUGGCCAGCUUUCUGGCUGAAUGGCGUGAACUCGUGGCCCCCGGAGAUUGACGUCGCCGAAUGGAAGGGGUCCGGUGACAUUAGUUUCAACACUUUCAACUCUUCAAGUGAAGUUCAAGCUAAAGAUGUGGAGUACCCAAGCCCGACAGACUAUCACAGAGUUUUGGCAGAGCUACGUGAUGAGGAUGGAAGCAAUGUCAGCGUCAAUUUCUACUUAGAUGGGACUCUGAUAACAACCCAAUAUGCCUCCGGCCUUGUUGGUCAACCACUCAAUUUAAUUAUUGAUCUUCAGAUGGAGGGAAGCAGUGGAAGUCCAGGUCCAACAGGCACAACACUUUUCCAAAUCAAAAACCUCGAGGUCAUAGAUAAGAAUGCUUAA